AAGAACAUGGACAGUGUUUCUGUAGAGUUGGAGGAAGUUAAAGCUGAGAUCGAGAAGCUCAGGAAGGAAUACAAAAGCAAAGCAGAACUAUCUGAGGACUUGAAGAAAGCACACAAUGAGCAGCUCAGUAAAGUCCAGGAGGCAAAUUUGAAGAUUGAGAAGCAGGCUCAAGAACUGAAUGAGAAUGCAGAAAAGAUAUCCACAGCCCAGCAGAUGUGUGAAGAUUUCAAAUGCAUUUUGAAAGAAAAAGAGUCCAUGAUACAACACCUCAGAGCUGCGAAUGACAAACUCCGAGUUGAUUGUGAUGAGAAAUACAGAAAGUUGGAAGAAACCAACAGAAUGUUGGUAUUGGCUUUAGAUGAGGCAAAUGAGAAGAAUAUGGAUGAGGAGCAGACCAUUCGUGCCUACAAAGAAGAGAUUCAAGGCCUCAAGGGUCGUCUAUCUGAUUCACAGAAGAAAUGUUUGGAAGCAGAGAAGAAAGCUAAUUCAUCAAAAGCACUAAGGGAAAGGGAUGAAAUGAUUAUGAGGGUAGAGGAGGAAAAUCGGAAAGUUCAAGAUCAGCUAAAGUGGAAGAAGGAGCAAUUCAGUCACCUAGAAGAAGCACAUGAGAAGCUCCAAGAUCAGUUCAAGGAAAGUAAGAAGGAAUGGGAGAGGGAGAAGUCUUCUUUGCUUGAUGAGAUUUGUUCGUUGCAGACAAACUUGGAUUCUCAAACCAGAAUUUCAGAUGAUCUUCAAAAGCGACUGCAGAUGUGCAACCAAGCCCUGGCCCAUGAAGAAAGCCGAAGAAAGCGUCUGGAAGUUCAAGUGUCUGAAUUUAAAACACGCUUUACAAGUGAUUUUUCGGACAGUGAUGAUCCAAAAUCGCAACUGGAACGCUUGACUGCUGAGAGAGACAAAGAAAUUGCAUGUCUAAGGCAGUCUCUAAGCACAAAAGCAGCACUUCACAAAGAAAUGGAAUAUCAGACAGGGAAGCUACAGCAAGAAAAUGAGGAAUUGCGAAUGUCCCUCAAAGAACUCCAGGAAGCCCACAUCCAGUCUGCACCGGGUUCACCUUCUCUGGCAAAGCUGCGAAGCAAGCUCAAAAGAUUGGAGCAGAUGCACAGAGAUUCUGUUGCAGAUCAUAGGGCUAAAGAAGCUGAAUGGUGCUCUCAACUGGAAAAAGUGACUGAGGACCUGAACAAUCGAAAGUCUGAGUUGGAGAGUAAAGAUGCCGCAAUAAUGGGGCUCAGGUCAGAAUUGGAACAGAUUCGGAGAGACCUCAUUUUAGAGUUCAGAGCUAAGGAGUAUCAAUAUAGCUCUCAACUUGAAAAAAUGAAAGAGGAAUUGAACUUCUGUAAAUGUGAGGUAGAGAAUAAAGAUGCAGCACUAAAAGAACUCAACGUGGAGAUAGAGGAGAUCCGUGCCUGUACAACAAAUGGUGCAGAAGAUGCUGAGUGGAGCUCUCAACUUGCUAAGAUUGAAGAUGAGGUGAAAAGCUAUAUUUGUGAGCUAGAACGAAAAGAUGGAACAAUAGCCGAGCUGAAGAUGGAAAUGGAGCAGAUGCACAGGGACUGUACUACAUAUCGGGGCAAAGAAGCUGAAUGGAGCUCUCAACUAGAGAAGAUGACUGGUGAUCUGAAAAGCCAUAUUUCGGAACUAGAGAGAAAAGAUGCAGUUAUAAACAAGCUCAAGAUGGAAAUGGAGCAGACGCACAGGGACAAAGAAACGGAAUGGAGCUCUCAACUAGAGAAGAUGACUGGUGAUCUGAAAAGCCAUAUUUCGGAACUAGAGAGAAAAGAUGCAGUUAUAAACAAGCUCAAGAUGGAAAUGGAGCAGACGCAUAGGGACAAAGAAACGGAAUGGAGCUCUCAACUAGAGAAGAUGAGAGGUGAUCUGGAAAGCAAAAUUUAUGAACUAGAGAGAAAAGAUGCAGUUUUAACUGAACUGAGGAUGGAAAUGGAGCAGAUGAACAGGGACAAAGAAACUGAAUGGAGCUCUCAACUAGAGAAGAUGAGAGGUGAUCUGGAAAGCCAUAUUUCUGAACUAGAGAGAAAAGAUGCAGUUAUAACUGAGCUGAAGAUGGAAAUGGAGCAGAUGCACAGGGACUUUACAAUGUAUCAGGCCAAAGAGACUGAAUGGAUGGCUCAACUAGAGAAGAUGACAGGAGAUGUGAAAAGCUAUGCUUCCGCGCUAGAGAGGAAAGAUGCAAUAAUUAACGAACAAAAGGUGGAAAUGGAGCAGAUGAAUAGAGACUAUACAGUUAUUGAAGCCAAAGAGACUGAAUGGAGCUCUCAACUAGCGAAGAUGACAGGUAAUGUGAAAAGCCUCAAGUCUGAGCUAGAAUGUAAAGAUGCAGCAAUAAAUAAGCUCAAGAUGGAGUUGGAAGCUUGUCAAUCUCUAACUGUGCAGCUCAAGUUGAAAAACGAGGAGGUUUCUGUCAUGUUAUUGGUGAUGAAUCUUGGAAUCUCUGAGGCUCAGUUGAAGAUUGAGAAAGAACAACUUUUCAUGCAUGAAGAAGUUGACAGGUACAAGGAAAUGCUGGAGGAGUCAUCCAAGCAUGAAUUUUCCUUGAAACAGCAACUUUUGCAGAUUAAAAGUGUUUUAGAAAGAGAAUGUAGAGAAGUCAGUGAUACCUUAGAGAGAGCAAAUACUGAAUUGGCUGAGCAAAUCAGUAUAGGAUGUGAAAUUGAAAUGGAACUGCAUAUAUGGAAAUCCAUCACUGAAACGUUGAGAACUGAUCUUGAAGUAAGUCUGGGGAUACGUAAAGACUUAGAAGCUUCUCUUCUUGCAGAGGUAGAUGUUGGAGAGACCAUCAAGCAAGAGAAUAAGGGUCUUCAUUGUGCUCUAGAGAAGAAAGACAGAACAGUAGAAAACCUACAGCAGCAGAUUGUGUUACUGGAGCAGAAGCUCAAGAGAACAGAUUCAGAUGCAAAGAAUGCUGGUUCUGCACAAAUAGAGGCAGUAAUGUCCUUGGAGAAACUUCGGAAUGAGGUCAGCCGGCUAGAGCAAGAUUCACUGAUGAGAGAGUUCACAGGUGUUUUGCUUGCCCAAAUUGGUGCAGAGAGACUUUUUGAGCAUGAGAAGGAGAAACUUAUCCAACUUGUAGAAGAGAAAUACCAGAGAGUGAAUGAUCUUAUGCAGCUUGUGGAUUCCCUAGAGCAUAAUUUUAAUAGCUCAGUGGCUUCUUUCUCUUCACAGCUAGGUGAAAAACAAGCAGAAAUUAAUCUCAUUCAUGUGGCUUGGGAGGACAUCAAUGCUGCUCAGAUUGUGGCUGCAGUUGAAAAUGAAGUAAAGAAGUCAAUGCUUGUGGAACUUGAGGAUGAAAUCUGUCGUUUACAGACAGAGCUGGAAUCACAGCAGAAAUCCUUGUAUGGCUCACAACAGCGAGUAAUGGAGAUUGAAGCUAAACUGAAAACAAAGGAGCUGGAAGAGCAGAAACUGAGUGAUCAAAUGAAGACAAAACUGAGUGCUUCAGAUGCCUUAAUUGAAGAACUCAAGAGUGAAAGAAGAAAUGUACUUGAAGAUGUCACUAAGUUGUCAUCAGAAAGUAUUAGUAAAUUCUCCAGUACAGACAAACAACUGAGGUGUAUGUUGGAAGAGAUAGUGCUCUCUUUUGAAAACCAAGGUCAGGAUAUGGAUCUGGAAUGGACUGAUGAACUUGCUGACCCAGAAAAAGAGAAUGUUUCUACGCCUGUCACAGGGAAGAAAGGUGAAUUAAUUUCUGACGGAAGAUCUCCAUUUAGAGACCUCAACACUUAGCUGCAGUGUGGAAAUGAGUGUGGAUUCUCCCCAUCUUUAACCUUAAUGUUUAUUAGUUCAUGUGUAUGUAAGUAUUGUGCCUUUGACAAACAAUUUAACCACGAAUUUGAUUUUGUAAGUCCCAAAAUCAGGAAAUUCUGUAUUUGCGGUUCUAAUGGAGGUGAC